AUGAAUGUUAAUGAGGUGAUGCUCCUGUGUGGCGUGGGUGAUACGGGCGGUCUUGGUGUCAACAUCACGGUAUUAGUGUGGUUGCUGGUAGCCGCUGCGGACGCCGCCCCUCAUGGCUACGGAACCUCAGGCGGUUCUGGGGGCGGCUGUGGUGGGGGACAAGUACGUCAUGUAGAUGGCAGCUGUGUGACUCCCCUGGUCACCCGCAACUUGUUUGUGUACAGUGCUCCCGACUUGGCCCCGGUCAUUGGUCCACGACCAUACAUUCCUCCACCAACAGUUGAACACAAUAUUUUGUUCAUUCGCGCCCCAGAAAGCGGUCCAGGCCCUGAACCCAUUGUCGUGCCACCACCUCAACAGAAAAACACACUAUACGUCCUCGGCAAGCGACCCGCAUACAAUCAGCAAAUCAUCCAAGUACCAGCACCAGAACAAGAGAGUCCUGACGUAUACUUCGUCAACUAUGGUGACGGAGACAACCCUUCGCUGCCCACAGGAGAAGACCUGCAGUCUGCCCUCCGCUCUGCUGCCCAAGGUGGUGGUACAGUGAUUGGCGGCAGUGGCGGUGGUGGUGGUGGUGGAUAUGGAAACGGUGGCGGCUUUGGUGGAGGUGGUAGCAUUGUGGGAGGCGGCAGUGGUGACUUUCUGGGAGGCGGUGGUGGUGGUGGAUAUGGAAACGGUGGCGGCUUUGGUGGAGGUGGUAGCAUUGUGAAUGGCGGCGGUGGUGACAUUCUGGGAGGCGGUGGUGGUGGUGGAUAUUCAGGGGGAAUUCCUCCCCCCGUACCUCAGCCGCCAUCAUUAUAUUUGCCACCUUAAGGUCAGAAGCCUUUAUUGAAGAUAAAAGUAUUGUUAUAUAAUUGUUAUGGUGAAGAGCUACAUACAUUAUGUUAUGUUCAUCUUGUUAAAAUAUAGAUUAUAAGAUGUUAGCACCCCAUGAAAUGUAAUCACAUUUGCUUACAUCAUCCAUUAAAUAAAUGCUGGCAUUA